CCUUCUUGGCCAUCAUCGCCGCACUGAUGGUACACUACUUCAUGAAACAACAUCGCUCGAUGGCCCCAAUCAUCUACUUGGAAGGAAACAUCGCAGCUGGAAAAUCGACUCUUGCAGCCAACCUCAAGAGAUUGGAACUUUUCCCAGUACUAGAUGAACCUGUCAAAGACUGGCAAGACGUGGAGGGACAUAACUUACUGGAACUCCUCUACACUGACCGAGCCACUUGGAGCUACCCUUUCCAAGUGCUCGCACUAGCCACGCUUGGCCGCCGCCAAACUAACUUGCUGGCUAACCAUCCAGAGGGACUGACAGUCCUGGAACGUUCGCCCCAGUGCUCACUAAGAGUGUUCGCCCAAGGCCUCGCCGAGAUGAGCGCCAUCGGCCAAGAACACAUGGCCAUUCUACGGAUUCUGCGCGACGCCGUCGCCCCACCCACUCAACGACCGAUCCACUACAUCUACGUGCGCACACCCCCAGCCAUAGCAUACCAACGAUUGAACCGCAGGGGACGCACGGAAGAAGCAGGUGUCACUAUCGAGUACCUCACCCUGCUACAUGACCUGACUGACACCUGGCUACUGCGAGAGGAAACCAACCCAGUUCACGUUCUGGAUGGAACGCUCACCCCCGAGCAAUUGCUGGCAGCCGCCCUGGACAUUAUCCAGAAUCUGAGAGGUGACGUCGUGCCAGCCCAGGAGUCCCAGCCCAUACGCGAGGAGUAGUCCCAUGAGGCGGAACAUCCCAACUUCACGCGGUGUUGCAAAUCGUGACGACGGUUGUAACAUCCGUUUGGAGCUGCUGGAGUCUACCUGGCGUCUAAGAUGUUAAAGGCCAACUAUUCUUUAUUUUUCUUUUUUUAACAACAAGCCGACCCGCGGGCUUAGGACUGGACACCCUAACGCCUGGCACCCAGAAGGUGUAAUGGGGAAGCGAGCCUUUGUAGCAUCACAUCAAGACAGCGAGCAGUCGUCAUCAACUCAAGAAAGAAAACUCAAGAAAUUACCAAAAUUGGACAUUUAAUCAGACUUGUGAAAUCACGUUUAAGUUGAGUGAGAGAGUGGAGAAUAGUUCUAAAAUCUUAAACCAGUACGUCAGAAAAAUUUAAAGUCAGU